UUUGGUAAUCCACAUACCUUUGCAUGUAACAAUAAAGAGAGUGAAAGUUUCAUAUCACAGCCAAAACCACUUUCAUAUAAAAAGCCAAAAUUUACCUCCCUGACAAGAAAGGCACAAAAUUCAUACAUUAUAUCUAUAUCUUGCAUUCCUUCCUCUAAGUGUACCAAACCAAACAUAAUCUAGUACUAGCCUUUGUUUUGUACUCUCUCUUUCUAUACUUUAUAUAAUAACAUCUCUUUCAAAUUUUAUUCAUAGAUAGAUACUAUAGUUGAGAAAAUCAUGAGAGGAGGAAUUUGCAGUAUACAGCUACAAGCUCUUACACAAGAGGCUGCAACUGUUGUUAAACAAGCUGUGAAUCUAGCAACAAGAAGGGGUCAUGCACAAGUGACUCCAUUACAUGUUGCUAGUGCUAUGCUUGCAAAUUCAACUGGACUUUUAAAAAAAGCUUGUCUUCAGUUUCACUCACACCCUCUUCAAUGUAAAGCUCUUGAGCUUUGUUUCAAUGUUGCAUUAAACCGUUUACAAGCUUCCACAACAAGUCCACUUUUAAUAGGUACUCAAUAUUCAACUCCUUCACUUUCCAAUGCAUUGGUUGCAGCUUUUAAACGUGCUCAGGCUCAUCAACGCCGCGGAACGGUCGAAAAUCAGCAGCAGCAACAUGUUCUUGCUUUGAAGAUUGAAGUUGAACAGCUCAUAAUCUCAAUCCUUGAUGAUCCAAGUGUUAGUAGAGUUAUGAGAGAAGCUGGUUUCUCUAGUACUCUUGUGAAAACAAGAGUUGAACUUGAACAGGCUGUUCCAAAUGAAGUUUCUUCACAAAAAGCUUCUGAUAUUCAUCAUCAUAGAAGCCAUUCCAAUUCCAAAGAAAUUAUCAUUAAGCCUCAUAUUCUUGGUCUUAACACUAUGAAUCCAUCUAGACCUUUUGGCCAAGUUGGUGGUUCAUUCAAUAAGCCUAUAGAAUGUGCUAACAAUGAUGAUGUAACUAGUUUUUUGAAUGAGUUAGUGAAUAGGAGAAGAAACACAGUUGUUGUGGGAGAGAGUGUUGUCAAUGCUGAGGGAGUAGUUAAGGGAGUGAUGGAAAGGUUUGAAGUAGGUAAUGUUCCUUGUGAGUUAAGAUAUGUGCAAAUUGUGAGUCUUCCUGUUAUAUGCUUUAGGAAUAUAAGCAAAGAGGAAGUUGAACAGAAACUUGUGGAAGUUAGGAGUCUUGUGAAAAGCUAUACAGGAAGAGGUGUUAUUCUUUACUUAGGUGAUCUCAAAUGGUUGUUUGAAUUUUGGUCAAGUCAUCGUGAUACAAAAUCAAAUUACUAUUGUUCUGUUGAGCAUAUGGUGAUUGAGCUUAAAAAAUUGGUGAGUGGAAGUGGAGAGAAUAGUAGAUUGUGGCUUAUGGGGAUUGCAAAUUUUAAAACUUACAUGAAGUGUAAAAUAGGUCACCCUUCCCUAGAAACUAUUUGGGAGCUUCAUCCUUUCACUAUUCCUGUUGGAAGCCUUAGCCUAAGUUUGAACUUUGACAGUGAUUUUCAAGCAAAGGAGAGAAGCAUGGUACUAUUCAAGGACAUUCCUUUUGAAGAUAAAAUAGGAGUUAGAAAGCAUCUAACUUGUUGUAAGGAUUGCUCAAUAAAAUUUGAAAAUGAAGCUCAUAACAUGACUAACAAUAUGAGCAAGAAAGCAUGCACUUCUAGCUUACCAACAUGGCUUAAGGAAGAAAAAAGUCAUAUAAUGGAAGAUGAGGAAAAUGCAAGGAUUAAGGAUCUUUGCAAGAAAUGGAACUCAAUAUGCAAAUCAGUCCACAAACACCCUUCCAAUUUUCUUGACAAACAAGAUUUGUUUGUUUUAUCAUCCCCUUCAUCACCAACUUCAGUUUCAUCACUUGAAAGAAAAUCCAAUUUCCAACAAAAUCACCUAAAUUGGCCUAUUAUCAUUUCUGAACAAGAAAAAGUACCAAAAGAAUGUGAGUUAUUAUACACUGAAAGUACUGGUGAGGAUGAUUGCUGUGAUGGUAACUUGAUAAUGUUCAUGCCAAAUAGAAAUGUUCCAAAACCAGAUCUUUUGUCAAAUCCUAACUCUAGUCCUAACUCAGCUUCUUCAAGUGAAGAAGUGGAUGGUUUAGAAAGCACUGAAAUGUUCAAAGAACAUAAUGCUGAGAAUCUCAAGAUUCUAUGUGAUGCCUUGGAGAACAAGGUUCCACAACACAAACAAAACAUUCAAGAGAUUGCAAGUACUGUCCUUUUUUGUAGAUCAGGAAUGAGAAAAAGAAAUAACAACAACUUGAUCAAAAGAGAAAAUCAUCAUCAUAAGCAAGAAACUUGGUUGUACUUUCUUGGUGUGGAUUCACAAGCCAAAGAGAAUAUCUCAAAGGAGCUAGCUAAAGUUAUUUUUGGAUCUUAUAGUAACUUUAUGACAAUUGGAAUGAGCAAUUUCUCUUCUUUAGGAAAUGAAAAUUCCAAUGAUGAUGAAAAAUCCAAAAGGAAGAGACCAAGAUAUGAAUUUGGAAGCAGUUAUUUGCAGAGGUUUGGGGAAGCAGUGAAUGAGAAUCCACAUAGAGUGUUCUUGAUGGAAGAUUUGGAGCAAGUUGAUAACUUUUCUCAAAAGGGUAUCAAGAAAGCAAUUCAAAGUGGAAAUAUAACACUUCCUUGUGGUGAAUCUGUUCCUCUUAAGGAUGCCAUUGUCAUUUUCAGCUGUGAAAGCUUCAGUUCAGUGUCAAAAUCUCAUGAAAACAAAGGGAAAAAUACUCAAAAUCUAUCUUUGGAUUUGAAUAUAGCCAUUGAAGAUGAUAAUCAUGAUAUUGGUAUUCUUGAGUUAGUUGACAAAAAUAUUAGUUUUAACAUGCAAGAUUAGUCAUAGGAAAUGAAAAAACAAAAUAUGUUCUAUAUGUGUAAAAUUUGGGUGUAACUCUUUUUUUUUUUUUUUUUUUACUUUGUAUUUUUCUUAUUAGAAAUAUAAAAACAUUGUUAGAGUUUACUCCAAUUAAUUGCGUGAGAUUUGGUUCCUGUUCUAACUA